GAUUAGACAGACGAAAAGUAACACUUCGUGAUAAUAAAAAAAUCCCCCAGGUUUGAAGAACAGAAGUCUAACACUAUAUAUAGUUGACGUUGGGUUGAACGGAGUACAGUUGAAAUCAGCUCCGCUUCUAGAACCAAGUUUGAAACGCGAAAAUGAAAUCCUUCAUCGUCAUUUUGGCAUUGUUCGCCAUGGCCGCUGCCAGGCCUCAGGACGACAAGUACACCACCAAAUACGACAGCAUCGACACCGAUGAGAUCCUGCAGUCGGAUCGUUUGUUCAAAAAUUACUACAACUGCCUGCUGGAUAACGGGCCCUGCACCGCCGAAGGUAAUGAACUAAAGCGAGUCCUGCCCGAAGCCUUGGAGAACAACUGUGCCAAGUGUAGCGAGAAGCAGCAGACGACCAGCACAAAGGUCAUCAAGUACCUGACCGAGAACAAGCCGGAGGAGUGGAAGGCUCUGAAGGCCAAGUACGAUCCAGAUAACAAGUAUGUGCAGAAGUACGCCGGCAAGGAUGGAAUCACGCUUUAAACUGGAAUAAUGGAUUUGACAAGAAAUAAGGCUGUAAAGUUAAAAAUGCAUCUUCUACUCAUACGAAUCAUCGUCGAAGUCUGAAUACUGCGAAAAUAAACUGUUGUAAAUUUCAUAAAAUA